UGAGUAAAAGUAAGAGAUUCAAUAUUGAGAAAUGAACAGAAGAUGAAACAUAAAUUGACUACAAGCUACGGUAGAAGUAAUUUUCUCUUUCUUUUUACAAUAAAUCAAUUACCUAAUCCAUUAAUUUAAUUUUUUUUUCAGUUAAUCUUUGAUAUUUUUACUUGUUUUCAUGUAAUAUUGUUUAAUUAUUUAGUGGAGAAACGUAAAAUAGGAUCAGCCACAGGAGAAGCUUGUGGUAAUAAGCCAUAACUGUUUUCAUCUUCAAUCAAAUGCUCUCUCUUCCAGUUUACUCUUUGUUUGGAACCGAGUCCGGUUCUCAAGCUAUCCGGUUAAAAUCUCUUUUUACUAUUCUAAUCCUUAAUUGUGUUUAAUUUUCAAUGAAUACAUUGUUAAUGCUCAUCGUUUCAUCUAAAUUGUUAUUGAAUUUGAUCAUCAUCGACUGAUAAUUGACAUCAAUCCAAUCCAUCAAAAAACCAAAAAUGGAGACUCGGAAUUAUGGUGUUACACUUAGUCAGCUUCGUGAACUAAUGGACUGUCGAGGGCCAGAAGCUGUAGCAAAGAUUCAAAAAGAUUUUGGCGGAAUCCAAGGGUUGUGUCACGGACUUCAUACCUCGCCAAAUGAAGGCCUCAGUGGUUCACCCAAAGAUUUAGAGGAAAGGAAAGCCGUUUUCGGUUCUAAUGUUAUUCCUCCUAAACCACCUAAAACAUUUCUACAAUUAGUUUUUGAAGCGCUACAAGAUGUAACAUUAAUCAUUUUAGAAGUUGCCGCUGUUAUUUCACUUCUGUUAUCACUUUAUUCUCCACCCGAGGACGAGGAAACAGCCGGAGGUGCCCUUGAGGAAGAAUCAGAGGCCGGUUGGAUCGAAGGAGCUGCCAUACUAGUCAGUGUGUUCAUUGUUGUUCUUGUUACUGCCUUUAAUGAUUAUACCAAGGAACGACAAUUCCGUGGCUUACAGAAUCGCAUUGAACACGAACAUAAAUUCUCUGUGAUCAGAGGUGGUGAAGUUAUUCAGAUUCUUGUUAAUGAAAUUGUGGUGGGUGAUAUUUGUCAAGUUAAAUAUGGUGAUCUUCUUCCCGCCGAUGGAGUACUUAUUCAAAGCAAUGAUUUAAAGAUAGACGAAUCCUCCUUAACAGGAGAAUCUGACCAUGUAAAGAAAGGAGAAAAUAUUAAUCCACUUCUCCUCUCAGGUACACAUGUUAUGGAAGGUAGCGGCCGAAUGGUUGUGACCGCUGUCGGUAUUAAUUCUCAGGCCGGUAUAAUAUUUGCUUUAUUGGGUGCUGCACAAUCUGAGGAUGACGCUCAAAAGAAGAAAAGGAAAAAAGAAGCAAGAAAAGAAAAGAAGAAAGCAAGCCUCCCAGCCAGGAACAGUGCAUGCUCCAAAAACGAUCUCAGCCCGGAAUUGAUCCCUUUAAAUCAACCUAGUGUCUACAAAGAUAUAUAUGAUGAAGAAUCUAAUCAAGAUGCUGGUAACUCACACACGAUGAAUGCAAUCACUGCCAAUACUCACGGUAAAGAAGAGGCACCAGUUGACUCGGAUAAACAAAAACAUGAAGAGGACUCUAAUCCUAGGAAAGAGAAAUCCGUUUUACAAGCUAAACUGACUAAAUUAGCUAUUCAAAUUGGUUAUGGAGGUUCUGCUGUAGCAAUAUUCACUGUUCUCAUCUUAAUUUUUCGAUUCGUAGUGAAAAAAUUUAUAAUCAAAAAGGAAAGAUGGUCAACACCCCAUCAUUUAAAAUAUUUUGUCAAAUUUGUGAUCAUCGGUGUAACUGUUCUUGUAGUUGCUGUCCCUGAAGGUCUUCCACUUGCCGUAACUUUGGCACUUGCAUAUUCUGUCAAGAAAAUGAUGCUCGACAAUAAUUUGGUCCGUCACCUUGAUGCUUGUGAAACUAUGGGUAACGCUACUGCAAUUUGUUCCGAUAAAACUGGAACUUUGACAACAAACCGAAUGACUGUGGUUCAGUGUUAUAUUUGUGGAGAAAGAUAUACAUCUGUUCCUAAUUAUGCGCAACUUCCGGAAGAGGUUGCCCGUACCUCUGUAGAUGCUAUCUCCAUCAAUAGUGCAUACACCACCAGAAUCAUGCCUCCUGAUAAUCCUGGUGAGCUUCCCAAACAUGUUGGUAAUAAAACCGAGUGCGCUUUAUUGGGCUUUGUUCUUGCCCUUGGAAAAGACUAUCAAACCAAACGGGAUGAAAUUCCGGAGGAUAAAUUGUACAAAGUGUAUACUUUUAAUUCAGUCCGUAAAUCGAUGAGCACGGUCAUUCGAAUCCCUGAUGGUUUUCGUGUUUUCACAAAAGGAGCCUCUGAAAUAGUCUUGAAAAGGUGUAUGUUUAUCUAUGGAAAGGGAGGAAAAGUGGAAAGAUUUUCGAAAGAAGAUCAAGAUAGAAUGGUUAAUGAUGUAAUUGAACCAAUGGCCAGUUAUGGUUUACGAACCAUUUCCGUAGCAUUUAAGGAUUUUGUUAAGCGCAAGCCUCGAGCCUCAAAUGAGGUUCAAAUCGAAACAGAGCCAAAUUGGGAAGAUGAAGAUUUUAUCAUCUCUCGAUUAACAUGUCUCUGUAUACUUGGCAUCGAAGAUCCCGUCCGACCUGAGGUCCCUGAUGCAAUUCGUAAAUGUCAAAGGGCAGGUAUAACAGUUCGCAUGGUAACUGGUGAUAAUGUCAAUACAGCGCGAUCAAUUGCCAUGAAAUGUGGUAUUAUUAAACCGGGUGAAGAGUUUAUUGUUUUGGAGGGUAAAGAGUUUAACAAGCGUAUUCGCGAUUCAGCGGGACAGGUUCAACAGGCCCUGUUUGAUAAAGUUUGGCCUCGUUUACGUGUAUUAGCACGAUCAUCGCCCUCAGACAAAUAUAUUUUAGUGAAGCAUAUAAUUGAAAGUAAACUUAACCCUAACCGUGAGGUUGUCGCGGUUACCGGUGAUGGUACCAAUGAUGGGCCUGCAUUGAAAAAGGCUGAUGUCGGUUUUGCCAUGGGAAUGGCUGGAACCGAUGUAGCCAAGGAAGCCUCUGAUAUUAUAUUGACUGACGAUAACUUCUCCAGCAUUGUUAAAGCCGUUAUGUGGGGACGAAACGUUUACGAUAGUAUUGCCAAAUUUUUACAGUUUCAACUUACCGUUAAUGUUGUUGCCGUUAUUGUAGCCUUUGUUGGUGCUUGUGCUAUUGAAGACAGUCCACUGAAAGCUGUACAAAUGCUUUGGGUUAACUUAAUUAUGGAUACUUUAGCCUCUUUAGCACUAGCAACGGAAAUGCCAACACCAGCCUUGCUCUUACGUAAACCCUAUGGACGGACUAAACCUCUCAUAUCGAGAACUAUGUUUAAAAAUAUUCUAGGCCAUGCUAUUUAUCAAUUAAUAAUAAUCUUUUUUCUUUUAUUUGGAGGUGAUAAAUUUUUUGAUAUCGACUCUGGAAUGUAUGCUCCAUUGAAUGCGCCACCAUCGCAACAUUUUACUAUCAUUUUCAAUACUUUCGUAAUGAUGACAUUAUUCAAUGAGAUCAAUUCCCGUAAAAUUCAUGGGGAACGAAACAUCUUUGAAGGUCUUUUCACCAAUCCCAUAUUCUAUUCCAUUUUAUUCAUCACCGCGGGUGCUCAGAUAAUAAUUGUACAGUUCGGUGGACGAGCUUUUUCUACAGCAAGGUUAUCAUUAGAACAAUGGCUUUGGUGCAUAUUUUUCGGAGUUGGCGUCCUUGUUUGGGGUCAAUUAAUUACAACCCUGCCAACCAAAAGGAUACCAAAAAAAUUUACAUGGGGAAGUGGAACACCAGAAGAUAUUAUGGCUGCUCGAAGUUCACUUGUGGAAGAUGGUUCCAGCGGAUCUUUAUCACAGGAUGUUAAACGAACUGGACAGAUCCUCUGGAUCCGUGGUUUAACCAGGCUACAGACCCAGCUUCGAGUAGUCAGGGCUUUUAAGAGCACUUUGGAAGAUAUGGAAGACAAACGUAGCAUUCAUAGUUUACACUCUCUGAGAACCAGUCGUAGUCAUCCUGGUCCUCGUCCGAUGUCCGAUAUAUCGUAUAUCGAUGAGGAUGACAAAACUUCUUCUCUAUACGAUUAUCCGUAUGAUCUUAGCAUCAACAGUUGCUCAAGCAAAGCACCAUCUCAACAGCAACUGCACCAGCAGAUACACCAACAACAAGUUGAUCAAAUGAACCAGCACCAUUCAAGCAGGGAUCACCCAACAGCUCUUUCCAAUAGCAACAGUCAUGCCACUAAUGCUUCUACUCCCACCACCACCACACCAACCAACACCACCACUAGUAUUCAACCAACUCGACGUCAUCCACCGCUUCUUCAUCGUGGGGCAACACUGGCUGGUAAUAUGGUUGGACCCUUCGGAGAGUCUGGUUCAACCUUAACCUCAGAAGGGUCGGCAAGAGUAGAUUCAGCGACAUCAGCUCGUCAAAGAGAGUUAGAACGAAGUAAAAGUGCUCCUUUGUCUAGUUGGCAAUUGGCAGCUUCAGGUGGACCAAAGUCUCGUUCAUUCGGAUUAUCAGGAGAACCAGUGAUAGGCGGAGGCAACAUAGGAUCUAACCCAACAUCAAUUAGCUCUUCCUCACCAUCACCCGUUGGUCCUAGCAAUAAUCGUUCUCAGGCCGCAUUAAAUAACCCUCUAGUCCAAGGCUAUCAUCUUCUAAGUGAACCUAGUCGUAUUCAUGAAACAAGCAUUUGAGAGAGUAAAGUAAUUUUGAGUAACAAACAAAAAUCUUUUUUUUCUUUUGAUAAACACAACAAAAAAAGCAAAUCUGUUAACAUCAAUGAAAAAAAUUACAUGACGAGUAUAGAAGCAUGAUUAUGUUGUCCGCCUGUAUGCUGAUCAAGCUAACCAUGAUAAAUGGAGAGUCAUAGUUUAAUUUGUACUUGAUGUAAUCAAUUUAACAAGCAACCAAAUGAAAAAAUAUAUAUAAAAGGAAAAGAACAGGGUAAAUGCAGAAAUUUAUGUGAAUCGAUGGGACAGUCACUCCGUUAUGCACAGUUAACAAUGUUAAUGUUAUAAUUAAUUUCUAGUUGAUAAUACUUUGUACACUGCACUUGAAGUGACCUCUGUCCUUUCAUCCACUGAAUUUUUUAUGUGUAAAACCCUGUACAACCCUAGUCAGUGAUCAUAAAACAAAAAGAGAAACCAAAAGACAAACAAAAAAUCAUCACAAAAAUCCAAUUUCGGUGACUUCAAAUGACGGUCAAAAAGUGACAUGAAUAAAUGAAAAUGCUGUUGAAGACGAUUCGUCAAAAUUACUGCCUUCAAACUGAUGUUGGCUUGUAUAAAAUUGAGUUUUAAGUUUGAAACCAAAAUUUCAAGGAAUGAAAUUUUAUGCACAGCUUUUAAUACGAUUGCAACAAUUUUUUUGUUUCUUGUUCCGUUUAUUUUUAUUAUUAGAUACAAAUUGAAAGGAUGAACAUUUUAAUUCACCAUCCUUUGAGUAAAAAAAGAUGAAAAAUAUGCAGUUAAUUAUUAUUAUGAACAUUUCUCUUCCAAUCUUUCUCUUCUUCUCUCUCUCUCUCUUCAACCCUUUGCUAUCAAUAUAAAUAUAUAUAUUUAUCUUUAAAUCUCUGUUGGAUCAUGAAAAAGAUCCGUUUCCUUCUCCCACCUCAUUCCCUUCUUGUUUUUAUCAUAUAUUAAUAUAUAUAUUUAUAUUAAUAUAUUAAUAUUAAAAUAUCGAGACGAAAAAAUUUAAACCAAGUUAUUUGUUGUCUAUUUUUUGUUUUUACAUCCAACGUGAGCUUCGGUUUCGCUGACAUUUACAAACAAAAACGCUUCAUUUAACGAUUAAUUGAUGUUUCGCAUUUUCUAUCAAUAUCUAUUUUCUGGUUUUCCUACCAAUAUUUAUAAUCGUACAAUUUACUCCUAAUUGAUUAACAUUAUAAUCUUAAAGGGAAUCGCAAUGCACACUUGAAAUUUGCUUUAAUUCCUUCCUCCUCCUCACCUUUAUCUUCAUUUCAUUUGCUUCCUUCUCCUUCUCCUUCUCCAUCUUCAUCUUUAUCCCUCAUCACCUUUUGUCUGUCGAGUCAAUUCGCAUCUCAAUACAACGAAACUUUUUUUAUCAUCAUUAAGUCUAAGUAUUAGAUAUUAAUUAAUAUUAUUUAUUGCUAUACAAAAACCAUUCCAAGACUAGUGUCAAUAUUGAAGCUUAACUGUCUUCAACGCCUUAUUUCAGCCAAUUUCAAGAGACAGAAAAGUGUCAAUGAGUGUUCCUUAAUUAACUUGAAAGAAAAAGAGAGAAAAAAAUGAGGAUCAAAAGAAUAAAAUCCUUUAAUCUAAUCUUUUCUCCACCUUUUUUCCUUCUUUUCAUAAUUUAUCAAACAUUUCCCUUUUUCCCUUCACUCCCAGUUUAUUCUGGUCAAUCCUCAUAACUUUGAGUAACUUUCCUCUUCUGGACCGGGGACAAAACGAAACUAACUAGAUCAUUUAUUACUAUUAUAGUGAUAUAAUAGUUUUACCAGAAAACAACAAAUAUACUCAUUAGUUAUCAAUAAAUCAUUUGAAUAUAGAUUAAUCAUCCCAAUGAUUCUAAAUUGAGAUCGACAAUUUACAAUGAAUUAAAAUAUAAACUCUUAAUGAAAUGAAAACAACGAUUAAACAAAGCUCAGUCCUCUUUACAUCUUUUCCUUGCUUCUAUCCAUUCAUCUUUAUUCAUCUCUCUUUCAUCUUCAUCAUGUUUCCAUCCUUUAACCCUUUUACCUUAAAUCAUUUUGUCUUCAAUCAUAAUUAAUAAAUUGAUAGCUGUGGCUCGACAAUUGGUCAAUCCUAACAAGCAAAACUCUUUGUUUCCCUCCUCUUUAUCUUUAUCAAUUUGUUCAAUCAUAGGAAUAAAAAAAAGAAACCGAAAUCUUGCAAACACAAAAAAUAUAAGAAAUUGGUUGACAAACGAUUUACAAUUGUUAUUUAAAUUCAUCUUUUUUCAAAAUUCAAUAAAAACCUCUCACUCACUCACACACAA